AUGGUCACCAUGAUAAAGAACGACCUCAACGCAGUAGCAGCACUGAUAUCAGCUCGGUCGCCCAUAGAGGAGGAAAAAGAAGGGAGGAAGGAGAGCGGGCGCUUCGCCGCCGUUUACCUCAGCCGGUGGGUGAAGCGCUGGCGACGAGCACCGCCGCCCGCCACAGGGCCCCGCUCACCACUUCCGGGGGGAAGAAUCGUGAAGUCUCGCUACCUGCAGUACGAUAAGAAAGACGCCAAGAAGGAUACUUCAGCAAAUUCCUUUUCAACAUCUGCUGGUAACCCAUCUUCUGCAACUAAACCAAGAUCGCUUCCUCAGCAAUGUAAAACUUCUGCUGGUGUUGUCUCUAGCUCAUUAAAUCAGAGUAGUUUUGAGAAAGGUGACUUGCAGUCCACUUUAUUAGAUGAAGAUAAAGCCAGUCCACCGGACCUUGAUCUUUCAGCUAUUAAUGAUAAAACUGUCCACAAAAAGACUCCUGCUUCAAACUCUGCUUGCAAAGGAAAUACAGGGACACAUCAAAAACCCGAAGAAACAGGAAAUGAUGCUGAUGAUCUGAUGAAAGAGAUGGAAUCUCAGACACUGCUUUUAACUUACCUAAGAGUAAAGGCAGGAAAAAAUCUUGCUGAGCUAGAGAAAAAAGCAGAAAAAAACUUGUUAAUGUUGUGUGAGGAAAAGGAGAGACAACAGGAGAAGCUCUGUGAGUUGAAGCGUGAAAUUCUACUCAGAGAGAGAGAGCAGAAACUUGAUGAUGCGUUAGACAAACAGAUGGAAGUACUUUCUUCCCUUGUUCCUGUUUGUGAGCAGUUUAAAGAGCAAUAUAAAAGCUUUGCAGAUUCCCUGGAUGCCACUAGACAUGAAUUACCCAUGAAGAAUAUUCACAUAGAAGGAGAUAUGCUAACAUACCUUGAUGAACUGCGAAAGCAGUUAACUAUCACACAGGAACUUCUGGCAGAAGUUAUGCCAAGCCACUCAGAAGAAAGUGCAAAAGCAUUUAGCGGACUGAAAGAGCUUAAAGAAGUGUCUCAGAAACUGGAUAAAGAGCUUCAAAGGAGCUUCACACAAGUGCAGAACCUGUCGUUUGAAGUUAGUAAAGAAGUUUCUCUGCAUAACCAGAGAAUAUGUGAAGAGAAUCAUGGACUAGAUGUUGUGAAACACUGGUACUUCAACUAA